UAAUGUAUAUGCCCUAACAUCCGCGCAGUGACUCCAGCGUUGUCAAAUCAACGCGCUGUAAAGAUGGCAGCGUUAGCAGUGGUUGAAACCCCAUCAGGGAAAGAUGCUCUCGCUGAGGGUUUGCUGGACCUCUUGAGACCCGCUGUACAGCAGCUUGACUUACACGUGCACUCAGUCAGAGAAAGCCAAGUGGAACUCAGGGAACACAUUGAUAAUUUAGCAUCUGAGUUGUGUAGGAUCAAUGAGCACCAGAAGGUGGCACUAGACUUAGACCCAUAUGUAAAAAAGCUUCUUAAUGCCAGGAGAAGAGUGGUGCUUGUUAACAACAUACUCCAAAAUGCUCAGGAGCGUUUGCGAAGGUUGAAUCAUAAUGUGGCUAAAGAGACGGCACGCAGGAAGACCAUGCUUGAGGCAUCUGGAGCAUUUACCCCUCGCUCUCCCAGCAAACCAUGAUGUCAUGAACCUCACAUUUUGGGAUUGCACCAUUACACUGUGCUCAAUGCCAAGGACUAAUGCUGUAGAUUGGCAGAAUCUUCCUCACAUCUUUUAGGGGCACUGGGCUAUUCAAAGCACUGCUUUAGCAUUAAUGUCACUUCAUUUAAGAGCAGUCAGGGAGACAGCAGUGUGUAAAUAUGCACUAAUUUCUUUCUGGAACGUAACUGUUUGAUUUAAAAAAAAAUGUCUGUUUGAAUGUAAAUGAUGCUGAAAAAAUGCAGCUCUGUGUAUUUGCAAAUGUAGGGUUUAAAUAAUAAUAGUAAUGAUCAUAAUAUAAAUCAUAUUUGUUAUUAUUAUUAUUAUGAUUAUUUUGGCUUGAGGAAGUUAGGACCACUCAAGUAGAACCUUCAGUAUUUUCUAACUUAAUGUGUGUUAUGUUUUCUGACUGAUUAGACUCAUCGUUUUCUAAAACUGUGGUCAAAACUAAAAUUGUUCACCCGAAGAAUUAAAAAAUGGACUCACUAUUUACUCUCCCUCAAGUGGGUUCCAAACCUUUAUGAUAGAGAUGCUACCAUCAGGAUUAUUGCAGCUGAUACUGAGUACUGAUUCUUUGUGAUGGUGAUCGGCCGAUAGCGAGUACCGAUGCUUAAAGCUUUAUAAUGCUUAAAGCACAUUUACACAAGUAUGCUACUUAAGUGUAGAUCUCUCCUUAACUAAGAGAAUAAAUGAAGAAUGUUGCAUAUAAUCCCCUAAACACGUCUCUUAUAACCAUCUAGUGUGAAUAUGUCAUAGUCAGAAGCAACUUUACAGAAAAUUAUACUAAACAAAUGUUAAGACAAAUGACUAAUAAUAAAAUUUGGAAACAUUGCAAAUGAUGGAAGAGUAAUUCAACAAUUCUCAAUGAAGAAAAAGUUUGGAGUGCAUAUUUGAUGCGUAAGAAGUUCAAAUGCACACCUAUACAUGCUUUACUUCUUUACUUAAAGGAAGUAGGCCUAUAAAUUACAAAUAAUCUAUAUAUUUUACCUGCUGUGUUGGGAGCACAGCAAUCGGUCACGCAUCAUUUACCUUCUCUUGUUUUUUAGCGCUGCUGUUGUGUAAUAUACAGGUGAGCGCGUGUGUCUUCCUCUGCUUGUAAACUCAUAAACAAACACUUGCGAUCGGUUCAUUAGAUCGGCCAGAUUGGUGAGUACCGAACAAGUCAUAAAAUGUGAUUAUCAGCUGAUACCGAUCUCUGGCCGAUUGAUCGAAGCAUCCCUACUUUGAGUUUCUUUUUUUCUGUUGAACACAAAUUUAUUUCAAAGAAUAUUAGAAACCGGUAACUAUUAACUUUCAUACAACAAAAUGAAAACCAUUAACUUUCAUAGUAGGUGUUUUUCCUACUAUGAUAGUCAAUGGUUACUGUUUUCCGAUAAUUUUCUGUAUAACGUCUUUUUUGUUCAACAGAAAAAAUGAAUAAUAAAUCUAACUGGUUUGUGACAAGUGAGAGCAAAUAAUGACAAUUUUCAGUUUUGACUGAACUAUAUCUAGCUGUCUAUCAUUAACAAAACCUAAUUAGCCUGUUAAUUCAUGCUAGCCAAGUUAAAGCAUGUUAGCAGCAUACUAAACUUGAAUUCUGCAUGCGCUAAAUGUGUUAAAACAUGUUAAUGACAUACAAAAACAUGUUAGCCACAUGUUAAAGCAUGCUAGAAACAUGCCAGCAACAUGCUAAUUUGCUAACAAUGUUUUAAAUGUGUUGUUUUUUCACUUCAUAUUAAGUUUACGCUGUUGCAAACUCGAGCAAGGUUUUCUCAAGCCAACAUUAAAGUCUGUCCCAAUUAACUUUACCAUGUGGUUAUUCAUAUUACUUAUAAUACAUUCAGAGGUAAUAUCCAGUCUAAUGUUCAUGAUAAGUAAAUUUGGUUAUGAAAAGCAAA